GCCACCAAGAUGGGACUGGAGAGGACCAUUUCCACACUCUGGGUCUGCUUGAUGCUGCUGGAAGCCACUGCAGCUCAAAGGGUCCCUGCAAACACCGUUAUCUAUGAAUGCAACAGGACCAGUAUCCACCUGGCUGUCAAGAUGGACCUGUGGGGGACCGGCCUCGGGCUGGACCCGAAGUUUUUAUACCUGGGCAGCUGCCUUUCUUCACAUGUGAACGAUGCCUCGGGCUUCUUCCAUUUUCAGUAUCCAUUCCAGGAGUGUCGCUUCGCAAGACUGACAUCCGGCACCAUGGUUGAGUACACAACCCACCUAGUGUACAGGCCAGUAUCCAGCCACAACAGCCCUUUCACAGAGAGGAUUAACUGUACAACCUAUGAGACACAACGCCUUCCUGUCCGAGUCACGGGGUCUGGCCUGCUUUCUGCUUCCAGUGGAUUAAUGUUCCGAGGGACAUUUAUGAACGAGGGCUUCAGUGCCCCUUCGGAUCUGUCGGUCUUCCUCUUGGGGACACAAAUCCACAUUGAAUUUGCAGUCCAGCAAUUCUUCCAUCAGCCUUUGCGAGUUUUUGCAGACGAGUGCAUGGCUGCCGAUGCGGCAGAGCGGGGCAGCUCCUCCAGAAAUUACACCAUUAUUGCAAACCACGGGUGCCUGCUGGACAGCAAGGUUGCGAAUUCGAGGUUCCUCCCUCGACCCGCUCCGGAUGUGCUCCGCCUUUCUCUGCAGGCUUUUGAAUUUGUGGGGAUGAACACAGAGAUUUACCUGCAUUGCCAAGUUCUCGUCUGGGAACCCGCAGUGCUGACCGAUCCCAGAAGGAAGGCCUGCUCAUUUAACAGGGACACCAACAGGUGGGAAGCUCUGGAUGGGAUGGCCAGCGCAGUCUGCAGGUGCUGUGACUCAGUGUGUGAAUCUGCUGGCUCUCGUCAAAAGAGAGAAGUAAAAGAUCCGGCUUCAGAAGUCAAUCCGUUGCAGUCAAAAUGGUUGCUGGUCGGUCAGUUGACGGUUCAGCCAUCUGCACCCAAUGGGAGCGACGCUGAGUUGGGUUCGAAUCAUGCCCUCAUUGAGAGCCAUCAAAACAAGGAGGGAAGCAAACUCUGAUGCCACCCAUUGUGGGCACCCUUCUUCCUGGAAUCACAGCGAUAGCCAUGCCCCCCUUGGACUUCUGCUUUUGCAACACUUUUCAGAAAAUACUGGACCUACACAGCAGGGAUAUUGUUGUUGAC